AUGAACAACAGUAGUAAAAAUACCAAAGAGAAUAAUAAUAACAGCAGUACUAAUAAUAUCGCUAAUAUGACAAAGAAGGAUGAAAAGAAUAGUAGUAUAGCUAAAAAUAAUGAUGACAGAGCAAAAGAAAAUGAAAGUGUAAAUGAGGAUAAGAAUAAUGAAAGGAAUACAGUUAAUGAGAAAAAUGGUAAUGAAAAGGUGUUAAAAAAAAUAAAGAACUCAAAGGAUGAUAAUAGUAAUAAUAUCAAUAGCGUAAUAAAUAAGAGUGAAGAAAAGCAGGACGAGAAGGGAAAUCAAGAGGAUAUUGAAAAGAAUGAUGAAAAAGUAGAAGAUAAAAAAAAAGUGGUAAAUUCUGAACAUGUUAAUAAUACUAGUAGAAGUACUAGUGUUAAAAAAAAGGAAGAACAAAAUAAGGAAAGAAAUGUCGUUACAGGAAAGGGAGAUGAUAAGGGCAGAAGUCAUAACAGUAGCAGUAACAACUGUUAUAAGAGUGGACCAUCCCAUGGGAAACUAUCCAAGGAUAAGAAGCAGAUGACAAAAAUAGAAAAAGAUGAAUCGUCUUAUUACAAUCAUUUUAAUAGCAAUGAUUGGAGGAGUAGUAAUAAUAAUAAUAAUAAUGAAGGCUCCAAGAAUGGUCAAAUUUAUCAUCAUUCGAAAAAUAGUAACAUGAAUAAUGGUAAUAGUAAUAAUAACAACGACAUUUCCAAUAAAGAUAUUAAACAAAGCGAAUUUAACACUUCAUCCGUAAAGGAUUUAAAUAAAAAGAAAAAUUUCAACAAAAAUGAGAACAUUUACAGUAAUAGUAAUAGUAAUAAUAAUAAUAAUAAUUGUAACAGUAAUAGUAAUAGUAGUAAUAAUAAUAAUAAUAAUUGUAAUAGUAAUAGUAAUAGUAGUAAUAAUAAUAAUAGUAAUAAUAAUAGUAAUGAUAAUAAUAAUAAUAAUAAUAAUAAUAAUAAUAAUAGUAAUAGUAAUAGUAAUAGUAAUAGUAAUAGUAAUAGUAAUAAUAAUAAUAGUAAUAGUAAUAACAACAGCAGCGGCGGCGUAAGUAAUAAUUACUCAAACAAGAAUAAUUUUAAGUAUGAUUAUAAAAAUAAUAAAAACUACAAUUUGAAAAAUAGUAAGAAUUACAAAACAAUAUCAAUGAUUAAUAACAACAAUGCAUUAAGUUACAGUGAAUUCAGUCCAAAUGAAAGUAUUAUGGAUCCAAUGAAUAACAUGUGUAUGUACAACAAUAAUAGUAAUAGUAAUGCUAAUCAUCAUCCUAAUUAUGGUUAUUUAUCAAAUUAUGCAUACAGUUAUAAUUAUAACUAUUGUGUUGAUGAAAAUGAUAAUAAAAAUAUUGACAUGUCAAAUUAUUACAGUCCGAAGAUGUAUGGAGGUGCUACGGGUCCAGCAGGAGCCGUGGUAGCGUCAGCCGGAGCAGUUACGGAUGGAUACAAUAACGAGAGCAGUUAUGAUAUGCGUUAUAGUUAUAAUAAUAUGGUAAAUGACUUUUAUAAUUAUAUGCCUCUGAAUUACUAUUAUUAUAAUAUGAAUAAUAUAUAUUUCGCCAACUCGAAUUAUAAUAAUAGUAAUAUUAAUAAUAAUAUGAACAAUAUGAGCAGUAUGAACGGUAUGAAUAGUGUGAGCGGUAUGAACAGCAUGAACAGUAUGAAUAGCAGUAUUAAUAGUAACAAUAAUUGUUUUAACCUGUAUCAUGAUAAUAUUAAAAUGAAAAAAAAUAAAAAAUAUUUAUAUGAUAAAAAUAAAAAGAAAAAUUUCAAAAAUUUGAAUUCAUCAACUUUGUAUAAUGAAAUUAAAAAUAGAGUUAUUGAAAUUUUUAAGAGGGAAAAUAUUAUGUCAGAUAAUUAUUUAUUGUACUACAUGUAUAAUAAUGUUAAGUUAAGUAUUGAUAUUAUAGCGAAACAUCCAUAUAUAGCCCCCCUUCUAAACACUACCAUUGCCAAUAGUAAUAGUAGUAGUAACGGUACUACCAUUCUUGCUAACGUGCUAAAUGACUUGAAGUGCAUUAACUCGAAUAAGAAGGAGGAAGGUGGUUCAUCUGAGAUAGACAAGCUUGGAGUAGUAGACUCCAUUAACAGUUCUGUUUCACGUUCCACCAGUAACGUUAAAAUGAAUAUAGCAAGUGAUAAAACGAUUCAAGAUGGUACUAUUCCGAAUACGGUGCAUACAACUACCUGCAGCGGUAGUAGCUGUAUAAAAAGUAAAAAGUUGUUCAGUGAUAAUUGUGAAGAUGAAACAAAGGUGCAAUCGAAUGCACAAAAGGAUAAGAACGUAGAAGAGAAGAAAAGUAGUGAAAGUACAGGUACUACUACCAAAAUGAGUGGUAAUAAGGUUGGACCUGAGGAAAGGGAUGAAACAGUUCUUAAGAAGGAGGACUGUAAUGUUGUUACUAUCGAUGAAGGAGGAACUUGUGAAAACGACAAAUUGAUGAAUAAUGAUAGUGAUCGUGUUGAUGCUCAGGGUGACAAAUCGAACGAUGAUAAGGUACAUCAACAAAGGAAGGACGAUGUUUUCUUAGGUUGUAAGGGAAAUGAAAAGAAUGAAAAAAAAGAGGCAGCAGAUGCAGAGGAAGAGGUAAUAGUAGAUGGUCAUGGUAAUAGUAAAAAUGAGAAUUGUAAUAUAAAGGAUAAUAAAAAUGAUGUUAUAAAUGAAAAAGAAUCGUCCAUAGAAAAGAAGGAAGAUUUUGUUGCUGUUCAUGAUGUUGAUGAAGUAGUAGUAGCUGUAGUAGGAACUAGUGAAGAAGUAAAUUGUUUAAAUAAAGUAAACGAGUCAAAGAAUAAUAUGGAGGGGAACAAUAGAAAUGGUAUUACGAAUGUGUUUAGUAAUAGCAUUAUAACAGUGAAUGGUAAGAACAAUAGCAAAAGUGGAGUAAAGAGCGGUAGUUCGAAUGAAUUAGCAAACAAUUUAAAAUUUUCAUUGGAUGAAGAGAGUAAAGACUUUCUGUUAAAUUUAAAUAAUAAAAGGAAUGUUAUAAUUAUAAGGGACAUAAAUUCUCAUUAUAUCAAUACCAUAAAAUGUAUUGUUUUGAGUUGUCCAAAUAUUCAAUCAAACGACUUAUUAAAUAUUAGGAAUGAUGUGAAUAAUACCAUAUUUAUUACUUUGAGAAAUGAAAAGAAAACAGAAUCGCUAGCACAAUUUUUAAAAACUAAAUCAGUCAAUGAGAAGAAGUUAAAUGUGCGUAUCAAAACUACACAAAAGAUUCAAAGCAUAAUUGAAAACAACAUACUCAAGACGGUGAUAAAUAAUAAUAAUACCAGCAGUAACAAUAAUAGUAAUGAUAAUAAUAAUAAUAAUAAUAAUAGUAAUAAUAAUAAUAGUAAUAGUAAUAGUAAUAAUAGUAAUAGUAGUAAUAAUAAUAACAAUAAUAAUAAUAGUAAUAGUAAUAGUAAUAGUAAUCAUAGUAGUGGCGGUAGGGUAGUAGGUAGUGUCAGCGGUAACUUGGAAAGCAUUGGAUCCAACGUCAGAGGUGGAAAUAAUAUUAAUACCAUUUCAAAUGUUAAUAUAAUAAACGCCAGUGUUAGUACCAGUGGAAAUGUUAAUUCUAGUGGUAAUCAUAGUGCUAGUACUAAUGCUAAUGGAAGCAUUGUGAACAAUAAUACUAACAAUGGUCAUAACAAUAACAACAACAGUAGUAGUUCAGUUGCAGGGGGUUCACAUAUUUCUGGUCCACCUAACUCUGUAACGCACAGCAGUAGUAGUCAUAAUAUGAACUUGAUGAAUAAUAAUACUGGUGUAAUGCCAUUAGGAGGAGGUCCCAAACAAUAUCUUCAUUUUAAUAAUCUAUAUUUUUUUCCGAAUGCUUUAAAUAGUUAUGAUAAUAAUAUAUAUACGCAUAACGGAAAUAAUGGUACAUCUAACUAUGAUGCAUAUAUGAAUUAUUAUAGUUACACUAUGAACAAUCCAUCGUAUAAUAUGUUUACAAAUAUGAAUGCAUGUGACGCAUAUAACGCAUAUAAUAUGUAUGGCUCCAACUCUUAUUUGCAAGGAAAUGAAAUAAAAAAUAAACACAUGUAUAACAAUAAAGGGAUGAAAUAUAUGAAGGGAGUAGUUGGAGAUAACAGUAAUAAUAAUAACAAUAUUAUACUUAGAGGAGGAGGAAUGCAUGAUAAUUUUAAUCAUAUGGGAAUGGUAGCGUGUGUAGGUUAUUAUGGUAAUACGGAAAACAGUGGUAGUAAUGUGUAUAAUAAUUACAGCAAUAGUGUAUAUAACCAUAACAUUGGGAGUAGUAUGUAUCAUGUAGAAGGUGGCAGUAUUAAUAACGGUGGUAGUAACAAUAGUAACAGUAACAACAAUAGUAAUAGUAACAAAAAUAGUAAUAGUAACAAAAAUAGUAAUAGUAAUAGUAAUAGUAACAACAAUAAUAAUAGUAAUAGUAAUAAGAAUGAAAAAUAUGUGGACGAAUCGAGGAAAUAUCAUCAGGAGAAUGUUGUAAAUGAAAAAAGUUCGUACAACAAUAGAAUAAACAAGAAUUCUAAAGAUUCUGAAAAUAAACAGAAGAAUAGUGUAAACAACAAAGACAGUAGUAAUCCAAACAGCACGAAUAAUAAUGAGGGAAAAGGUAAUAAAAGCAGAAGCAGUAGCAACUGCAACAGCACCAGUUACAACGGAAACAACAAUAACAAUAACAGCAGUAGUGGUGGAAAUACUAACGGAAUGGGUAGCAGUAAUAACAAUAGCAGCAGUAAUAACAAUGGUAGAGGUGCCAGCAAGAAGGGUAGUAGUAGUAGUAAUAGCAGCGGUAACGGUAAUAACAGUAAUAGCAGUAACAACAAUAGUAAUAAUGGCAGCGCUAAUAAUGGAAGCGGUAAUAAUGAUAGCGGUAAUAAUGGAAACAAUGGGAACAGCAAUAACAAAAGUGCUAUGAAAAACAAUGAGCAUAAUAAAAAUUCAAAGACAAAUAACAAAUACAAUAAAAAAGAACUAACCUUAAAGUUCGAUUCGUUCUCAGUGAAAAACAAGUCGAAAUCAUUAGAAAGAAAAAAUAGUGGAAAGAAUUAUUUUAACAAAAAAAAUACAAAAAAUGCUGAAAAAAAAGUAGGAGGAGGAGUAGCCGGAGCAGGAGUAGUCGGAGCAGGAGAUGAUAAUGUAAAUGAGGCAUUAGAUGGUACAAAAGUUAUAACAAGACCAGAAGGAGAAAAAAAGAAAAAGAAAAAUGAUUACAAAUAUAGAGAAGACACAACAGCAGUUGAAGACACAAAUGACGCAGUUAAAAUAAAAGAAGGCGGGAAAAAAAAAAUGGGUUUAAAAUUAAUGGAAGAUGAAAAAUACAUAAAUGGAGGAGUAGAUGGAGAGCAGAAUAUUAAUAACAGCAGUAAUAGUGGUAAUACCGAUAUUAAUAAUACACGUGACAGAUCAAGUGGUGAAGACGAAAUUAUGGAUAAUAAUGAGGAAGAAAAGUUAUUUAACAACAUGGAUAAAAAAAACAAUAAAAAAGAUCUUAAUGGAAAAAAUGAUUUUCACUCCUUUAACAACGAUGUAAAGGAUCAUUCAAAAAAUGCUGUUAAGAAAGGCUUUAACAGUAAUAAAUUUUUGCUUAACAAAGAAAAGAACAACAAUAACAAUAGCAAUAACAAUAGCAAUAACAAUAGCAAAAACAAUAGCAAUAACAAUAGCAAUAACAAUAGCAAUAAUAAUAGCAAUAAUAGUAGCAAUAAUAAUAGCAAUAAUAAUAGCAAUAAUAAUAGCAGUAGUAGUAACAACAAUAAUAACAUUAACGGUAAAAGUAAUAGUAAUAAUAACAAUUGUAGUAAUAAUGGAAUGUAUUAUGAUGAAAAAAGGGCAUUCAAGAGUAAAAACAAAAUUGAGGAUAUCAGCAACAGUAAGUACACUAACAACGGAGGAAAUGGCAACAGGAACAACAUUAAUACCAAUACCAGCUCGCAAAGUUUAAAGUACUCCUAUGUAGAUAUUAUGGACUCAUGCAAAAAACUCACGAAUGUUGAUGCACCCCCAGAAUGUAUUGAUAAAUUAAUGAAAGAGAACGUUUCUCUUUUUAGAAAACGAGAUGACCAAUUUUGUUGGAAAUUAAAUGUGUUUUAA